AAGGCGCGGCGACGUCCGGAGAAGGCGGCGCCGGAGUCGCCUGGGCCCCGCGAGGCGGGCUCUGCACGUCGCCGGGGGCGGGGCCGGGGGCGGGGCCUGGCCUCGUUGUGGAGCGGCUCCUAAUCCAUGAUGGCGGCCGCGGGGGUCGGUGUGUGUCCCUGAGCGGCGCCGGCGCCGGUUCCCGGGUCCUGUGGCUGAGGAGCCCCUCCCUGGUCCGCGGCCCCCGCCGGCGGGGGGCGGCCGUGCCUUGGCGGCGCUCGAGGGAUGUGACUGCGCGGCGGCGGCGGCGACGUCCGGGGCCGGGGGAGGGGGUGUCUCGAGCGGAGACCCCGGGGCCCGGGGCAGCCGCGGCGGCCGGGCCUCCUCCCCCCGUGGCCGCCCCCGCCUUCGGGGCCGCGCGUCCUCCAGCCCGUACGGCGCGGCCCCCGCGCGGGGACGCGGGGCUGGGCUCCCUUCCCCGACCUGGGACACCGGCUUGCUGAGGCGUGGAGGAGCGUCGUCCCCGAGUAAGCCGCCUGUGCCGCGCCCCGGCCGCCCCGGCUUCCCCGCCGUGCCCGCCGCGCAGCCCCCCGCCCCGGAAGCCCCUGCCUGCUGUCGGGCGGCCUCCCCCGGCCCCCAGGCUGCUCCCGCGAGCCUCAGAUGCCCUGACUUCUUCCAAUGUCACCUACGGCCCCCUUGGUCCCAGCGCAGCCAAAAACUUCAAUGCAAAGGAAAAGUCUGGAUUGGUUUCACAGGCCUUUUAAAAAGCGGACUUAAAAGUUGCUGGCAAUGCAUUCCUUCUCGUCAGUGGAGGGCAAACUCUCGCUGAAAUCAGGGUGACCCGUGUCCUUUCCGGAGAGCAGGGUAGGGAAGGAAGAGGGGCAGGAAAUUUGUUGGAAGAUGGAGAAACCAAGAUAGGGGGUUGGUGACUUCCACAGGGAAAGUUUGGAAGUAGCAUCCAAGGACGACCAGCGUUUCCUUUUUACAUGGGAAUGGAAAUGAUUGUAGGACUGUUGACCUAGCAUCGCCUGUGAAUAUUUCUGUUUUAAGUUUUUUUUACUUGGGGAGGAAAAAAACUGUAUUCAUCCCGUGAAAUAUACUUAAGAUCAAGAAACUUAAGUUAAACUGCGAAAAUAAUUGGAACUCCUGUUUACAAGUUUCAACCUAAAGCUCCGCUCCCUUUUGUCACGGAAGGUGUCUUUCUGUGAUAGACCUCAACUACCGACUUGGGGAGAUGCAGUGAAUGUGAAAUCCCACACAUGCCCUUUUCCUUCUAAGCCCACUCACCGUUCUGGAAGAUCUUGAACCCUUUUCUGGAAAGGGGUGGCUAUCAUUGCUUUAUGGGGCAGCAGCCUGGAAAAGUUCUUGGGGACCAACGAAGGCCAAGUUUGCCUGCCCUGCACUUUAUCAAAGGAGCAGGAAAGAAGGAAUCAUCGAGGCAUGGGGGUCCACACUGCAAUGUUUUUGUGGAACAUGAAGCCCUGCAGAGGCCAGUAGCGUCUGACUUUGAGCCCCAAGGCCUAAGCGAAGCUGCUCGUUGGAACUCCAAGGAAAAUCUCCUUGCUGGGCCUAGUGAAAAUGACCCCAACCUGUUCGUUGCACUGUACGACUUUGUGGCCAGUGGAGAUAACACCCUCAGCAUCACUAAAGGUGAAAAGCUUCGGGUCUUAGGCUACAAUCACAAUGGGGAAUGGUGUGAAGCUCAAACCAAAAAUGGCCAAGGAUGGGUCCCAAGCAACUACAUCACACCUGUCAACAGUCUGGAGAAACAUUCCUGGUACCAUGGGCCUGUGUCCCGGAAUGCUGCGGAGUAUCUGCUGAGCAGCGGGAUCAAUGGCAGCUUCUUGGUGCGGGAAAGUGAGAGCAGUCCUGGGCAGAGAUCCAUCUCGCUGAGAUACGAAGGGAGGGUGUACCACUACAGGAUCAACACUGCUUCUGAUGGCAAGCUCUACGUCUCCUCUGAGAGCCGCUUCAACACUUUGGCGGAGUUGGUUCAUCAUCACUCCACAGUGGCAGAUGGGCUCAUCACCACGCUGCACUACCCAGCCCCCAAGCGCAACAAGCCCACCGUCUAUGGCGUGUCCCCCAACUACGACAAGUGGGAGAUGGAGCGCACAGACAUCACCAUGAAGCACAAGCUGGGCGGAGGCCAGUACGGGGAGGUGUACGAAGGCGUGUGGAAAAAGUACAGCCUAACCGUGGCCGUGAAGACCCUGAAGGAGGACACCAUGGAGGUGGAAGAGUUCCUGAAAGAAGCCGCGGUCAUGAAGGAGAUCAAGCACCCGAACCUGGUGCAGUUGCUGGGGGUCUGCACCCGGGAACCCCCGUUUUAUAUAAUCACCGAGUUCAUGACCUACGGGAACCUGUUGGACUACUUGAGAGAGUGUAACCGGCAGGAGGUGAACGCAGUGGUGCUGCUGUACAUGGCCACGCAGAUCUCCUCAGCCAUGGAGUACCUGGAGAAGAAAAACUUCAUCCACAGAGAUCUUGCUGCCCGAAACUGCCUCGUAGGGGAAAACCACUUGGUGAAGGUGGCGGACUUUGGCCUGAGCCGACUGAUGACGGGGGACACCUACACAGCCCAUGCUGGAGCCAAGUUCCCCAUCAAGUGGACUGCACCCGAGAGCCUGGCCUACAACAAGUUCUCCAUCAAGUCUGACGUCUGGGCAUUUGGAGUAUUGCUUUGGGAAAUUGCUACCUAUGGCAUGUCACCUUACCCAGGAAUUGACCUGUCCCAGGUGUAUGAGCUGCUGGAGAAAGACUACCGCAUGGAGCGCCCAGAAGGCUGUCCAGAGAAGGUCUACGAACUCAUGCGAGCAUGUUGGCAGUGGAGCCCCUCUGACCGACCCUCCUUUGCUGAAAUCCACCAAGCCUUUGAAACGAUGUUCCAGGAAUCCAGUAUCUCAGAUGAGGUGGAAAAGGAGCUGGGGAAGCAAGGUGUGCGAGGGGCUGCGAGCACCUUCCUGCAGGCCCCAGAGCUACCCACCAAGACCAGGACUUCCCGGAGAGCUGCUGAGCACAAAGAUGCCACCGAUGUGCCUGAGACACCCCAUGCUAAAGGCCAAGGAGAGAGCGAUCCCUUGGACCAUGAGCCUACGGUGUCUCCACUGCUCCCUCGAAAAGAGCGAGGUGCCCCCGACGGCGGCCUGAACGAAGAUGAGCGUCUUCUCCCCAAAGACAGGAAGACCAACCUGUUCAGCGCCUUGAUCAAGAAGAAGAAGAAGAUGGCCCCAACGCCCCCCAAGCGCAGCAGUUCCUUCCGGGAGAUGGAUGGUCAACCAGAGCGCAGGGGGGCCGGCGAGGAAGACGGCCGGGAGACUAGCAAUGGGGUGCCAGCUCCCACCCCCACAGACACAGCCGAGCCCACCAAGCCCCCAAAACCCAGCAAUGGAGCUGGUGUCCCCAAUGGAGCCUUCCGGGAGCCCGGGGGCUCAGGCUUCCGUUCGCCCCACCUGUGGAAAAAGUCCAGCACGCUGACCAGCAGCCGACUAGCAGCCAGUGAAGAGGAGGGUGGCAGCAGCUCCAGCAAGCGCUUCCUGCGGUCCUGCUCUGCCUCCUGCGUGCCCCACGGGGCCAAGGACACCGAGUGGAAGUCCGUCACGCUGCCUCGGGACCUGCAGUCCACUGGGAGGCAGUUUGACUCCUCCACGUUCGCAGGGCACAAGAGCGAGAAGCCAGCUCUGCCUCGGAAGCGGGCAAGCGAGAACAGGUCUGACCAGGUGACCAGAGGCACGGUGACCCCUCCUCCCCGGCUGGCAAAGAAGAGCGAGGAGGCCGCUGACGAGGUGUUCAAAGAUAGCACAGGGACCAGCCCAGGCUCCAGCCCUCCCAGUCUGACUCCAAAGCUCCUCCGUCGGCAGGUCAUGAUGGCGCCCUCCUCUGGCCUCCCCCACAAGGACGAAACCGGGAAGGGCAGUGCCUUAGGGGCCCCUGCUGCAGCUGAGCCCCCACCUGCCACCAGCAGAGCAGGGGCAGGUGCUCCUGGGGGCCCCAGCAAGGCCCCGGCCGAGGAGUCCAGGGUGAGAAGGCACAAGCACCCCUCCGAGUCACCAGGGAGAGACAAGGGGAGACUGUCCAAGCUCAAGCCUGCCCCGCCACCGCCCCCAGCCUCCACAGGGAAAGUGGGGAAGCCCUCGCAGAGUCCAGGCCAGGAAGCAGCAGGGGAGAUGGGCGCCAGCGCGAAAGCAAAGCCCACCAGUCCGGCUGUGGAUGCUGUGAGCAGUGACACCACCAAACCCAGCCAGCCCGGAGAAGGCCUCAAGAAGCCUGUGCUCCCGUCCACACCCAAGCCGCCCUCGGCCACCAAGCCUCCUGGCACCCCCACCAGCCCAGCCCCUGUCCCCUCGGCGUUGCCCGCAGCAUCCUCAGCACUAGCAGGUGACCAGCCGUCAUCCACCGCCUUUGUCCCCCUCAUAUCAACCCGAGUAUCACUUAGGAAAACCCGCCAACCCCCAGAGAGGAUCGCCAGCGGCACCAUCACGAAGGGCAUGGUCCUGGAGGGCACUGAGGCCCUGUGCCUCGCCAUCUCCAGGAACUCGGAGCAGAUGGCCAGCCACAGCGCAGUGCUGGAGGCCGGCAAGAACCUCUACACGUUCUGCGUGAGCUACGUGGACUCCAUCCAGCAGAUGAGGAACAAGUUCGCUUUCCGGGAGGCCAUCAACAAACUGGAGAACAGCCUCCGGGAGCUCCAGAUCUGCCCGGCCACGGCGGGGAGUGGCCCCGCAGCCACGCAGGACUUCAGCAAGCUCCUCAGCUCUGUGAAGGAGAUCAGCGACAUCGUGCAGAGGUAGCAGAAACCAGGGGUCAGCAGCUGGAACUGCUUGUAGCCCGCCAGGGCGCACCCUGCCUGACAAAGGACCGGGGAGCUGGCACUUGGCCCAGGGCUCUGCGCCAGGUGGGACCUGGUCCCACAGCGUCCCACCCGACUACCUAUGUUGUGCACCAACUGUCCUCCUGCAUCGACUCCUCCGCAGCCUGGCCCCAUGAGCCACCUCUGCCCUGGUGUCUGUGGAGUCCCCUUUCUGUGGACCACAGCCAGUACACCAGGGCCUACCAGGCUGGCCACCCCCUGGUGCUGGGACUAAGCUCUCAGGCCAGCUGGGAACAGCCUUGAGGGUCACCCCAGCCUCGGUUCUCUCUGGACCUUCUGCUUGGGCCGUGCCUCCACGUGCCAUCGCCUCCACCUUCCCUGGAGGGAGUCUGCACCUGCUGUCCUGACCUCCCACGCUGAAGGCCUGUCUGGAGAACUCCGUCCCCAGAGGGUAGCAGGUGUGCGUCACCGGCCAGUCACUGCAGCCUCCUGCAGCUGUGGAUUCAAGGGAACACAGGUGCUAAAACCAGCCAGCCCUGGAGGCCCGACAGGAUCCACUGGGGGUCUCCACUGUCUGUCCUCCCUGCGUCCCAGCAUCCAACUCUGGCUCCCUUGUGACACGCACUGCAAAUCCUGGAUAGAAAGCUUGAGUCCCGAGUGGGUCCUGAGGGCAGGAGUGGAGGUGCUGACCCAGGGCUGGGCCUGGGCAGGUCUGUGGCAGCCAGGCACCCUCCUUGCACACAGCCAGGUGCCCCAGGAGGCCUGGGUUUCUGACCAAUCUCACUUCCCUGCCUGUUCCUCUGAGACAGAGGAGAGACUGACGGGGCCUCCCCUUGGUGACGAGGCAGUUUUCUGGGGAUCCUGGAGCAUUUCAAAGCUCUGGCCUCCGCACAGCCACCUGACCCAGCCCCCCCCCCCCCCCAGGAGUGCCGUGCUUCCCUUGACCCCCCAGCACAGGCACCUUGGAACUGCACGUCUUUUAUUUAAUCGCCGUGAGCAACACUGGCCCUGUGUUCCUGAGGGGCCAUCAGGGACUGAUGAGACAACCACAGAGGGGAAACCCCAGCCUUCCUCAGCGCCGGCCAGGCUGGCUGGGACGGAACCCGUGCACGCUGGUGCCUCAGCUGAAGAGCGGGCAGGUGCAGCCUGGCAAGGCCCUGCUCGCACACCCACCACCUAGCUCACAUGUGAGUUUUCUGGAAAAGAUGGUUUCCUCUGGAUCGUGUUUAUGCGGUUCUCACAGUGUCUCACCUCCGUGCCCCCGCUGGCUAUGGCUCAGCAGGAGGCACCAGCACACCGCCAGCGGCCUUGAGACAAAGCCAGACACCCUCCCGCCCCCGACUGCCGAGUCCGCGAGGUACUGGUCUCUCUUCUUACAUGAUGUGCCACUAUAUUUUGCAUUUAUACUUUGGUAUUACACUCUUUUGUAGACUCGCUCUUUUAUAAAUGAUGUGUACAUAGUUUUCCACUGUACUCCCUUCUGGAUGCCGAGGGUGUCCCCUUUUCUCUCCCUUGGUCCAAUACCUUUUUGUUUCUGUAUAUGACUAUGUUUUUUUGUUUGUUUGUUUUUAAUCCAAAUCUCUCCUCUAGUAUUUUUGAAAUAAAUGUUUAUAAAAUUA